AUGCCGCAAGAAGAGUCGAAGCCCAUAGACGCUCCUACCAACCAGGAAUCUCUGGACGAUGCCGUCCAGCAUCUCAAGCUGUCCGAGCAUCAGUCGGCAGUGAAGGACGGCGCAGAGUCGAGUGCAGAUGACAACAACCAAGACCCGACACAAGCACCCGCCAAAAAGUCAAAGAAGAAGAAGAUCAAGGAUGCCGUCGCUAGCAUGGCCUCGUCCUCCAAGUCCCCCGUCGCGCCCACCUCGGCCGAAGACCCGCUGCCCGCCUCGACCCUCGACAAGCUGUCCGACUCGCAAAUCAACCAGCUGGUACAAAGCAACCCGGCCCUGGCCCAGGCCAUGCUCAAGGGCGGUACCUCGCUCGACGCCCGCAGCAUGCGCGAACUGCUCAAGUCUGUCAGCGCCGCCGACCUCAUGACGGGCAUGAGCUCGGGAAAGAAUGCAAAAGACAUGGCCGACUACAAGUUCUGGUCCACCCAGCCCGUCCCUCGCUUUGACGAGAAAGCUGCUGCCCAGGAGAAGCCUGUCCAAGAAGGCCCCAUCAAGGAAGUCGACCCCGACAAGUGGUCAGAGAUUGAUCUACUGGACGACGCCGAGCUGAAGGAGGUUCAGGAGUUGCUCUGCAACCACUACGUCGAGGACGACGAGGCCAUGUUCCGCUUCAACUACCUCAACGAGACGCUCAACUGGGCCCUCAAGGCUCCUGGCUGGCGCAAGUCAUGGCACGUCGGUGUGCGCGCUACCAAGUCACACAAGCUGGUCGCUUUCAUCUCUGGUGUCCCUGUGCGUCUCAACAUCCGUGACCGUCUUGUCAACACUGCAGAGAUCAACUUCCUGUGCGUCCACAAGAAGCUCCGCAGCAAGCGUCUCGCUCCCGUCCUCAUCAUGGAAAUCACUCGUCGCUGCAACCUCGAGGGCAUCUACCAGGCCAUCUACACUGCUGGUGUUGUCCUGCCCAAGCCUGUAGCCAGCUGCCGCUACUUCCACCGCGCUCUCGACUGGGAAAAGCUCUACAACUACCGUCUCCCCGAACGCACCGUAACACCCGGCCUCCGCCUCAUGCGUGCCGAAGACGCCGACCAAGUCACCUCCCUACUCGAACGCUACAUGAAGCGCGUCAAAAUGGCCCAAGAAUUCAACAAGGAAGAAGUUCUCCACUGGUUCCUCGACAAAGAAACCGACCCCAAGAGCAACAAGCGCGUCGUCUGGACCUACGUCGUCGAAGACACCAACAAGAAAAUCACAGACUUUUUCAGCUUCUACUGUCUCGAGAGCUCGGUUAUUCACAAUGCCAGCCAUUCGAGCACGAUUCGUGCUGCGUAUCUGUUUUACUAUGCUACGGAAAGUGCUUUCGAGACUCAGAAUGAUGAUGAUGAGGUUCUCAAGGCUCGUCUCAACUUGCUGAAGUUCGGCCCCGGAGACGGCCAACUGCACUACUACCUCUUCAACUACCGUACCGCAGACUUGCCUUCUGGAGUGGAUACCAAGAACCAAGUGGACGCUAGACAGCGCGGUGGCGUGGGUGUUGUCAUGUUGUAG